UUUGCUUUGCCAAUGCAUGUGCACACUGCUCAAUGAGGUCUCGAUCUUGUAGCAGCUCAUUUAUAUGCAGGUUUGAGAUAGAGCCAAUAUAAUCGUCACCUUAUCUUCUUCAUUCUGUCACGGGAAUCUUCCCAAGAAUUAAUUACAUCCUCAGCACGCAGUUUUUCCUGCCUAAGUCAACCAGUCACAAGCUCAUUAGCUGGCAAAUAUCCAAUGCCUGCAGAAACUUGAUAGUUGAUAUUCAUCAUUCUUUAAGCCAGCUUCCGGUGCUGUGAAUCAUUUUAGUGUCUUCAUUUGCUAAUGGAGUUCAAAAAGAUUCCACCCUCAUCAGAGCAAGCAUAUUCUUAUAGUUUUUGUGAGAAUAAGAAGGUAGUCUCAGGUUCUAGUUUACUUCUAGGAACUUCCUCAUUUCUUAUUCUUAGUUUGAUUUUUCUUUAUGGCUCAGUUGACACAUCUGUAUUUCAACCACUUUUUCAUGGGUUUGGUACUAUCCAUACUACUACUACUACAUCGGCCGUUACCGAUGUUUCUUCUGGUUUUGAUGACUUCGGAGAAAUGGGAAGAACCUAUGAAGAGACUUUUUCAGAAGAAUCAAAAAAUUCAAGCCACUUGAGUUCUAGUAACGAGAAUUGUGAUAUAUAUAAAGGUAAAUGGGUAAGAGAUGAAAAUGUUGAGCCAUAUUAUCCUGUUGGUUCAUGUCCUCAUAUUGAUAAGGGGUUCGACUGUCAUGCAAAUGGAAGGCCUAAUGAAGAUUAUCUAAGAUGGAGAUGGCAACCAGAUGACUGUAAUUUACCAAGCUUGAAUGCUACUGAUUUUCUCGAGAGAUUGCGGGGAAAGAGGAUUGUUUUUGUUGGGGAUUCGCAGAAUCGUAAUAUGUGGAAAUCGUUGGUGUGUAUGCUUAGGCAUGGUGUUGCAAAUACUAGCAGAGUUCACAAGAUCCCUGGUAAAAACUACUUCAUGGGAUUUAUAUACGAGGACUACAACUGUUCCUUGCAGUAUGUUAGUGCUCCCUUCCUUGUCAGCGAAACAUCGAUUAAACUUGAAAAUGGCACGACGGCAACUGAGACUUUAAGGUUGGAUUUGAUGCAUAAAAAAUCAUGGGCAUUCCGUGAUGCUGAUGUGAUAGUCUUCAAUACAGGCCAGUGGUGGAAUUACGAGAAGACCUCUAAAGGAGAGAACUAUUACCAAGAAGGAACAUUUGUGUACCCAAAACUGAAGGUACUGAAAGCAUUCGAGAAGGCUCUCAAUACAUGGGGAAAGUGGGUUGACCAAAACAUCGAUACUAACAGAACGCAGGUCAUCUUCAAAGGGUAUUCAUUUACCCAUUUCAAGAGCGGUCAAUGGAACACGGGCGGCCAGUGCCAUAAGGAAACGGAGCCGAAUUUCAGUGAGAUUUUUCUAAGAAAGUAUCCAACAAAGAUGAAAAUUGUAGAAAAUGUGCUAAGGCGAAUGAAAACCCCUGUAAUAUAUAUGAACAUAAGCAAGCUUACAGAUUACAGAAAAGAUGGACACCCUUCAAUAUAUCGAACGGAAUAUAAGACGGAAGAAGAACGAGUUGCAGCUUUGCAUUCUCAAGAUUGCAGCCACUGGUGUUUACCUGGAGUUCCUGAUGUCUGGAACCAAUUGAUGUAUGCUUCACUCUUGAAAUCCGGCCAAGGGCCAUGGACAAAAAGAGUAUAUUAAUUAGUUUUGAUUAUUAUGCUCACUCACCAUUGUGAUUAUUUUUAUUUUCCUUUAUAUUUUU